UUUAUGAUGGAGUCUCUUUCAGGUUCAGGGGUUUAUGCCUCGUGAGGUGACGCAUGUCUCUGUAGUCUCUUCUGUUCCACAUAGCACCAACUCACUAUAACCGCAUAGCACCAAUAUACACAUUCGAUCUCUCUCUGUCUCUCUCUCUCUCUCUCUCUCUCUCUCUCUCAAAUACAAUUUCAUUCUCAACACAUAUCAAUUUCAUUUCUAAGAUGUGUGAAAGUAGCAGAGUCACUUGGGAAGGUUGCAGCGUUCUUCUCGACAUCAACGACGGUGACCGUCUCGUUUUCGCUCGUCUCUCUCCCGCUGCGAAAUUGAAGAUUGGGAACAAGAACUGCUCUCUGCAACCGUUGAUCGGUCGUGCUUUCGGUACAGUUUUUCAAGUCGAAACCGCACCGGAGGGACCUUAUCUAUCUCCCACUCAAGUGAAUGUUAAUAAUGCUGAAGAAGUAAGGGAUGGUCAAGUAAAUGUUGACUUGAGGGACAAGGUUAAUGAUAAUAAUGCCGAAGUGAGAGAUGGUCAAGUGAAUGUUGAGUCAAGGGACAAUCGGGCGUUGGUUGACAAUAACACGGCGCAAAGCUUGACUGGGGAAGAUAUAGAAACCAUGCGAAGGCAGGGUGCGAGAGGUAAUGAAAUAAUUGAAGCUCUCAUUGCAAAUAGUGCAACAUUUGAAAAGAAAACAUCAUUCUCACAGGAGAAAUAUAGACUUAAGAAGCAGAAGAAAUAUGCUCCAAAAGUACUUAUGAGGCGUCCUGGUUCUCGAAGUAUAUGUGAGGCCUAUUUCAAGAAAUAUCCAUCUAAAAUUGGAUUCUUGCGGGUGGACACAUUGUCCCUUCUACUUUCCAUGGCCAAUGUUUCUUCUAAUUCUGACGUUCUAGUAGUUGAUAUGGUUGGUGGCCUUAUUACUGGUUCUGUGGCAGAACGUUUAGGAGGUACUGGUUUCGUUUGCAACUCAUAUUUUGGGCAGACACCAUAUUCCAUGGAUAUUGUUAGAAUAUUUAACUUGAGUGAAGAAAUCUGCAAGAGAAUUUUGCGGUCUCCCAUUUCUGACUUAUUAUCACAAAAAGAAUCACCUGAACAAAUUGUGCAACAUGAUGAUGACUGCAAUGCGGAAAUCCAGUCAAAUGAUCAAAUAAGUGCAUCAGUCACCAUGGAAGAAAUCUCUCAGUCGUCGGAAAAUGGAAUUUCUGAACUUGGGGCUGAGAAUACAGAACCUGCUGUACAAGAAGUUCGCAAAGCUCCAAAGGCUGGAGAAAAGGCACAGAAAGAAAUGAUUGACUCGUGGAAAGAAAAUGGUUUUUCUAGUCUAAUUAUUGCUGCACCAGAGUUGGAUACGUGGACAUUGGUCAGAGAUCUCCUUCCUCUUUUAGCACACUCUGCUCCAUUUGCUAUUUAUCACCAAUAUCUUCAGCCUCUUGCAACUUGCAUGCACAAUCUACAGCUUGAGAAAAUGGCCAUUGGAUUGCAAAUAUCAGAGCCUUGGCUGCGUGAAUACCAGGUACUUCCAUCUAGAACUCACCCAUGCAUGCAAAUGAGUGCAUUUGGAGGCUACAUUCUCAGUGGGACUAAGAUAUGCAGCAGCUAAUACCAUCUCCACCACAACAAUUGUUUUUCUUUGAUUACCCACUUACUCCACUUGCAGCCUCAGUCAAUUUUCCAUCUGGUUCAUAUAUAUUCGAUUAUAGCACAUGAAUCCCAAUGCUUCCAGGGUGUCAUGUUCUGGGCUGCAUAAUGUGCCAAUUCAACAUUUUAGUUACAGACAAACUUUUGGUCAGUCAGAAACUAAAUAUGGCAAAUAUGGCUGGUCAAUGUACACUAGUUUAGUUAUUUUAAUGUUUAGUUUACUGCCUUGCAAACCUUUUUCUGGCGCCUAAAUUUUAUUGAGGGUUGUAAUAUGAUAUUUAUCUCAAUAGUUCUGUAGCAAGAAAUUCACUUCAAGCCUUAGUCACCUACCUCCCCAACUAAGCUCAAACUUUGUAAUCUAUUUAUUUCAUUUUUUAGCAAUCCGUUUAUGAAGCCUUUGG